CUUCUGUAAAUAGCAGCCAUGAGGCUCCCGAGUGCAGUGUCCUGGCUGGCUGGUGACGGGAAGGACGCCCCCUUCGCCUAGUGUGCGUUCAGGUAGGAGACGCUGCCCGGACACUUCGUGGCCCCAGAGCACAGAACUGAGGGUCGGACCAGUGCUGAGACAGGUGGAAAGGCAAGAUUCCAAACAGGGACAGAGGAGCCGCGUCCCGCCUGUGCACGAUGACGAGGCACCAGGCGCUGGCGGGCGCGCUCAUCGGCCUGGUGCUGCUGUCGCUGCCGCCAUCCGGGGAUCCCCAGCCGACCGCAGAUGAUGCCUGCUCCGUGCAGAUCCUCGUCCCCGGCCUCAAAGGGGAUGCGGGAGAGAAGGGAGACAAAGGCGCCCCAGGACGGCCUGGAAGAGUCGGCCCCACAGGAGAAAAAGGAGACAUGGGGGACAAAGGACAGAAAGGCAGUGUGGGUCGCCAUGGAAAAAUUGGUCCCAUUGGUUCUAAAGGUGAAAAAGGAGAUUCUGGUGACGUAGGACCCCCAGGUCCUAAUGGAGAGCCAGGUAUGGCAUAGGGCCCAAGGGUUUUUAAUAAAAGUUACUAAAAAUUGCACUUUCAGAAAAAGGAGAUUCUGGUAAAGCAGGGAUAACUGCGCCAUGCAGUCGUGGGUCUGUCUUAGUCGGAGAGUAAGGUGUCCCUGCUGGUGAAGGAGGAGAAGCGCUACGCCGACGCGCAGCGGGCCUGCCAGGGCCGGGGUGGCACGCUGGGCAUGCCCAAGGACGAGGCGGCCAACGGGCUGAUGGCCGCGUACCUGGCGCAGGCGGGCCUGGCGCGCGCCUUCAUCGGCAUCGACGACCUGGAGCGCGAGGGCGCCUUCGUGUUCGCCGACCGCUCGCCCGUGCGCACGUUCCAGCGCUGGCGCGGCGGGGAGCCCAACAACGCCUACGACGAGGAGGACUGCGUGGAGAUGGUGGCCUCGGGGGGCUGGAACGACGUGGCCUGCCACGUCACCAUGUACUUCCUGUGCGAGUUCGACAAGGAGCACGUGUGAGCGGCCGCGCCUGCAGGAGGAGUGAGGCCUGGGACCCGCCCCGGAGCCACGUGUGCGUCACCAUGGCUCCGCCCGUGUCCAAGCUGCAAAACCGUCCUUACCUGCUGCAGCAGUGAAGUCCGCAUGACGGCAGUGGGGCCUUGAACGACCACCUGCCCCUGAUCUCUAUGGGGAAGAGAACCC